AUGUUUAAUGAUACCGAAAUUCCCAUACCGUUAUUUUGUAAAUCAACAAUUGAGAAUGAUACUCCUAUAUGGAUUGAUCGACAUACUUCUUGUUCUCCGGUUCAAUAUGUUCCGUUUCCAAGAGUUGAUUAUCGUUCAUGGUCCUCGACAGACACUGGCAAUGGAUCAUGGUCAUCGAACUCAUCAAGCUUUUUAUCUGCAAAUGCUUUACCAUGGCCAGAAAAUUCUUUACCAACAAAAACGACAAGUGCAAAAUCAAAUUAUUAUGGAAACUUUUUAUUGAAUUUUGAUGAUGAUAAUUCAGUACCUCGUCUUGGAUCUCAACAUCCGACCCCAACAAAGUUAAUAAGUCCAAUUGCACGGCCAAAAACAAGUCCAAUUAAAAUUGAUGUUUGUGAACGAAAAGUAGAUGACCGUCCAUUGCGUUUGCAUGUAUCAAAUAUUCCGUUUUCUUGGACAAAAGAAAAAUUAGCAGCUGAAUUUGAAGUUUUUGGUACAACUUAUGAUAUUGAAGUUGUUUAUAAUGCACGUGGUUCAAAAGGUUUUGGUUUUGUGACAUUUUUAACAAUCGCAGAUGGUUUGAAAGCAAUGGAUGGAAUGAAUGAAAAAAUUGUUGAUGGCCGACGAUUAGUUGUUAAUUAUGCUAAACCAAAACAAAAAAAACAUGUUGUUCAGCCAUAUUAUACAGAAGAAGAAAAAACGCUUCAUACUAAAUCAGUGUCAGCAACACCAAAGAAAUUUAUCCCAUCUUUUGCGACACCUCCUCCACCUCGUCGUCAACAAGUAAUUGUCGCUUCACAAUCAACAAGCUGCUCAACAACUCCUUUACGUGUUCAUCAAUAUUGUUCUCACUUAGAACGUCAUUAUCAUCAUUAA